GUCUCCCGCGCGCCAGCAGAGGCGCUGGUCAGCUGAUCAGCCUGUCCUGAGGACUCGGAAAAACAGCGGGCACCAAAAUUUUGGUGGCCUGACGACAAGCUCCUGAAUGUCAAGCAAUUCUUUUUGUCGCAUCACGCGAGAAAUUCAAUUGCCAACAAAAUGCGCAAAACACAUCGGUUUUUCAGCCUUAACCGGCCGAAAUUGCGACAAUCAUGGAACAAAUACAACCUUUACAACAUGUCCAGAUCAGUUGGCAGAGAGCCUGUGAUUCGUGGACAACCUACAUUCUUCCAGCAGAAAUGGGCCGCUAAAUCGAAAACGCGAGGAUACCACGGCGAGCAUGUCCCGGAGAAGAAAUGGGUGCGCCUCUUUUCUCCUCGACUUCUCUCUGCUGUCGAUAUGCCCCCCAAAUACUUGGCUCUACACGACGGCUCCGAACAGGCCACAGGACGUGGCUCUGGACGAACGGAUUCGGCCCUGACGGCAGAAUCAUACUCGACAGAAGCCGCACCUGCACCUUCACGAUUCCGAUACGAACGACCCCCUCCUACCACCAACGCCCUUUUGGAGUCUCAUGUCGCCAAGAUGACGCCGUACAUGCAAAUGACUUUUGCGCCUAUGGAGCGCCGCCUAGACACGGCUAUCUUUAGAGCUCUUUUUGCAUCUAGCGUGCGUCAAGCGAGACAAUUUAUCAUCCACGGUGCCGUCACAGUCAAUGGAAAGAAGAUGGUACACCCUUCAUACCAGCUUAACCCUGGCGAUAUGUUCCAAGUCGAGGUUGACAAGGUCCUUUAUGCUACGGGACAGCAAAAGACUGCAUCUAGUGACAAGCGAAUCAUCGAGAACCUUGAGGCCCGUCAAAAGAAGGCCGCCAAGCUUGAGAAUGACUUUGUAAUGAACAGCAGCGCUGCCAAAGCCAAGGCGAGUGCAGCGGCUACUACAGAAGCUGCUGCCGGUGCAGAAGAAACAAACGCUGACGAAGGCGAUGCUGAAGCCAAGGGCGAAACCGAGGCUACUGCGGCUGAGGCACUCGGAGUUGAAUCCCUUACCCCAGAGGAGAGCUGGCGCUUGAACAACAAGUCCCUAAAGGUGCUGCUUAAGGACGUUAAGAAGAUGCUCAAGAACACGCCCGAGACGUUAUCAGCCAAGGAUAAGAAAGUUUUGAGACUCUUCCGUGCUGAUGCGAAGCGAUUCCUGUCGCAUCCCGAGAGCAGCGACAUGAGCGCCAAGGAAAUGGUUGACGCACUCAAGAGCCAGAUGGAGAACCACGAAUCCAUGCGGGAGGCGUUUGAAGGGCUCAGCGUCUCGGCCGAUGCCGCGCCUAAAAAGGCUUCCCCACCAGCAGAGGCAAAGAGCCAAAACAAGGACCGCGAGCUUGGCAAGGGACUGGCCGAGUUGAACGCAGAGCAGAAGCAAAAGGCGGUACGCAUUAUUGGCGACUCACAACUUACGCGGGAAGAAUUGCGCUCACUUGCGCGCAUGCUUCAGCUUGAGGAAGAAAACCCAGUGGAUCAUACCAAGCCAUACGCUACGCCAUGGCAGCCUCGCCCCUACAUGUCGGCGUUUGCCUUUAUCCCGCGAUACCUGGAAGUCAACCAGAACAUUUGCGCCGCGGUCUAUCUGCGCCACCCGGUGGCCAGAAAGGGUCUGGCAGAAGUACCGACGCCGUUUAGUUACAUUACCAGCCAGUUGACGCACAACUGGUACUUGCAGCGUGGCUGAAUGUCUCGAUUGACGUAACAAAAUAAGCAACUGAGAAGCAGUAAUAGCAGCGCGAGUCGUUUUGGUGGAACGACGACGCGGGACGGGGGAAAUGUAAAACAGUCGUGGGGGAAGGGACCGAAAGGGGCAAGAUGGACAAAGUGAUGUGUCUGAUACUAUAGCUAGUGUCCUGUGUAUUAUAUCUUUGAGUCGAGUCAGUGUAGAUUAAAACAAUCAUUUCACAGCA